AGAUGGCGCCCGCAGGAAACCGUCCAGCUGUGACGUGUGACCUUUAACCCUCCAGGUCCCACGUGCUGUGUGAUGGAGGAGAGCAGCAGCGGAGACAUGCGGAGCACCGAGCCCAGCAAAGAGUCGACGAAAGUCCGACGGAAAAGUGUAAAGAAGAGGAGUCAGGAGGAGCCGGAGGAGCCGGAGGAGCAGGAGGAGCAGGAGGAGCAGGAGGAGCAGGAGGAGAUCUUCGACUUCAACAAGAAACCUGCUGAGGAGGAGGAUGAAGAUCUGUCGGACAGCGAGGACAGCGUCUACUCUGGACUGGAGGAUUCUGGGAGUGAAAGUGAGGAUGAGGAAGACGGUGAGGAGGAAGAGGAGGAAUCAGAUGAUGAUAACGAUGAUGGUGAAGAUCUGAAGACGGGAACAGAGCAGACUCAGCAGAUAGAGGAGCAGCAGGAGGCAGGAGCGAGAAAAGAAAAUCAAGAAGACGAGUACGAGCGCGACUCUUCAGAUGAGGAGGACAUCAGGAACACGGUGGGGAACAUUCCCAUGGAGUGGUACAAAGACUUCCCGCACAUCGGCUACGACCUGGACGGGAAGAAGAUCUACAAACCAAUCAGGAACAAGGACGAGCUGGACGACUUCCUGGACAAAAUGGAGAACCCAGAAUACUGGAGAACGGUCCACGACAAGAAGACAGGAAGUGACAUCGUGCUGUCGGACGAGCAGGUGGAGCUGGUGAACCGCCUGCAGAAAGGCCAGUUUGGAGAUGUCAACUUCAACGAAUACCAGCCUCAGGUGGAGUUCUUCAGUUCCGACCUGAUGCUCCACCCGGUCACUAACCGGCCGGCUGAUAAGCGCAGCUUCAUCCCGUCUCUGGUGGAGAAGGAGAAGGUGUCCAAACUGGUUCACGCCAUAAAGAUGGGCUGGAUCAAGCCUCGGCGGCAGGAGGAUGACAGCAGGGGGCGCUACUACGACCUGUGGGCCAGCGAGGACUCCUCUAUCCUGGCCAGACACAGGAUGCACCUGCCGGCCCCCAAGACCCCUCUACCUGGUCACCACGAGUCCUACAACCCCCCACCUGAGUACCUGUUCACCGACGAAGAGCGAGCUCUGUGGGAGCAGCAGGAUCCGUCAGACAGGAAGUUCCCGUUUGUUCCCAGGGCGUUCUCCAGCCUCCGCCAGGUUCCUGCGUUCCCUCGCUUCAUCCACGAGAGGUUCGAGCGCUGCCUCGACCUCUAUCUGUGUCCCCGACAGAGGAAGAUGAGGGUCAACGUCAACCCAGAGGACCUGAUUCCAAAACUCCCCAAACCCAAAGACCUGCAGCCGUUUCCCACCACACAGUCUCUGGUGUAUCGGGGUCACAGCGGUCUGGUUCGGUCCAUCAGUGUGUCUCCAUCAGGACAGUGGCUCGCCUCAGGCAGUGACGAUGGCUCCGUGAGGUUCUGGGAGGUGCGUACGUCUCGCUGUAUGAAGACAGUCCAGGUGGGCGGAGCUGUGAAGAGUGUCGCCUGGAACCCAAACCCGUCUGUCUGUCUGCUGGCUGCUGCCCUGGACUCGGUCGUAUUGAUCCUGUCUCCCUCUCUGGCAGACAGACAGGUCGUCUCUUCGUCAGAGCGACUCCUGUCGGGUCAGCAGGAGCCUUCGGAAGAGGCGGGGCCUGUCACCUGGACUGACACGGAGGGGGAGGAGCUUAACCAGGGGAUCCGCCUCAAAAUACAACAUCCCAAAGGCAUCCAGCAGGUGGCAUGGCACGCGAAAGGAGACUACCUGGCGUCAGUGAUGCCGGAUCACUCGAGCCACCUGCAGGUUCUUAUCCACCAGGUGAGCCGGAGGCGAAGCCAGAACCCCUUCAGGAAGAACAAAGGUCUGGUUCAGUCCGUAGCCUUCCACCCCAUCAGACCCUACUUCUUCCUGGCGACGCAGCGCUCCGUCCGGAUCUACAACCUGGUGAAACAGGAAAUGACCAAAAAACUACAGGCCAACUCCAAGUGGAUCUCCAGCAUGGCCGUCCACCCCGGGGGUGAUCAUGUGAUCUGUGGGAGCUACGACUGCAGGCUGAGCUGGUUCGACCUCGAUCUCUCAACCAAACCUUACAAGAUGUUACGACACCAUAAGAAGGCGGUGAGGGGCGUGGCCUAUCACAGACUUUACCCGCUGUUCGCCUCGGCAUCCGACGACGGCUCGGUCAUCGUCUGUCACGGGACUGUGUACAAUGACCUUCUGCAGAACCCGCUCCUCGUCCCGGUGAAGGUCCUCAGAGGUCACCUGAUCACUCAUGACCUCGGCGUCCUGGACGUGACCUUUCACCCCACGCAGCCGUGGAUCUUCUCCUCUGGCGCCGACGCCACCAUCCGACUCUUCACCUAGCGCCCGGCCCGGCAACCAGACCGCCGCAUGCUGCUGUUUCCAUGACAGCGAGGAGAAGCUGCGCAGUUUGACCUUUGACCUCUGUGACCUUUCUGUCUUUGUUUCAUUAAACUGAACUUUUUAACCCGUU